AUGCGGUCACCACGCCUUCUUCUGGUACUCUUCUGCCUAAUCUUCUUCCCUAUUCUUUUGACCCUCUACUCCGCCUUCUCCUCGUCAAAGGUCGCAACCCCAAAUACGCUCGCUGGACGCUCGUCCGGGCUGCAUGCCUUGUUUUCUUUCAAUAUCCCCACCUCUCUCUUCCCCCCCUCCGCCAUCAUCAGCCUCACCGAUGACAACUCAACUUUCUUCCUCGCCCGCCCCGCAGCAUUCGGCCCACUUUUGCCGGGCAAAGGUUUGAGUGGCCGGCUCUGGGUAGGCAGUGGCUUUGGAGAGCCAGGACUUGCUACGGCGUCAGAGGGCGAGCUGGGCUGCUCCGAUAUUCCCGGAUGGGGUGAAGGUAGUGGCCAUAAAAACCAGGAUGCGCCCCCAAGGGGCACGGAACAGAAACCAAGCAGACCCGGCAGUGGUACGAUAGACGAUGCUGCUGUUCCACAAACUCGGCCCCGGCUUCCAUCGCAGGUGGAGUCCAACCGUCCGACCGACCGCCAUGAUGGCGCUUCCCACUCCACGAAUGAUGGGACCGACGACUAUUUGCAUCAUCCUCUACCGGAAUCCGGCGCGUCAGGUGCGGGGCCGACCCGCAAAUAUGGCGACUACAUACAAAGCAAGCAAUACACCCACGCCGACAUCCAGUCGCUGCAAGAAAUGGCCGAGAUCCAGGGAAAUGUUGUGCUACUGAGUCGCGGUGGCUGUGGAUUCCUGGAGAAGGUGAAAUGGGCCCAACGCCGAGGCGCUAUGGCGGUGAUAGUAGGAGACGAUACCCGCGGCGGCAACUUGGUCACCAUGUAUGCCCGUGGUGAUACGUCGAAUAUUACCAUUCCAGCCCUAUUUACUUCUCAUACAACUGGUCAUCUUCUCUCGUCAUUGAUACCGGGUCAUUCGGGCGCAGCCCAUGGGGGUGGAGAUGUUUUGAAAUCGCUCCAGGCAAAGCUUGCUGGUCAGGCCGAUGCCGAUUUGCGGAAAACCACAGCAACUACGACUUCGGUUGCGGUGUCUAUGCCUACAGCCUCUUCUAUGAGCUCGUCUACACUUAAUGAGCGGCCUGCUGCUGCUACUCAGCCCAGUAACGGCUUUUUCCGCACGCUCGGCUCUUUGCUAGGGUUGUGCAAUCGACAUGGAGGUUCCAAAACCGUUGGUGACAGCAGACGCCCGCCGAGUAGCGGCAACCUGGAUUGGAUGAGGCUUGGAUCCUGGGACUCCGCUAGCUCUCGAUCGCAAUCCUCCAAGGGUCGCAAGGAGAAAUCCCGUUAUCGUGCCAAAGCUGACGACAAGUCAAGCAGCCCUCCGAUCGGUCUCGUAUCUGAAAGUAUUGAUAGUGACGACUUCGUCAUUGGAGUUCAAGACUGGAGAGACCCCGAUUUAAUGCCCCCACGCGGAAGUGCACUACCAUUACCUAGUACCUCUACAAGUGGAAAUGAAGGCUUGAAGACUUCAGCUCCUGAUAACGACAUUGAAUCAGGCGCCAACAUCCUACGUGGUGGAAGUAUCACCCCCGGUAGUGGUGAAUAUCAGAGCAUUGACAAGUCCACCGGUAACAUCCAUGACGCCAAGGUGAAAGAGUUGGGGAAGGAGCCCAAUGCUGCAAAAGAAGAAUCUAGCCAAGCUGGCACGGGGUGGUUCUCGAGUCAUUUCGGCUGGGGCGACGAAGAUUCAAAUCAAGCGGCUCAGCCAUCUGCUUCUCCCUUGGUAAAGAAUCUACCUAUCAACCAGAAAACCCAGACUGCAGCCCAGUCGUCAGCAACCGCGAACCCCAUGUUUACAGAGCAUGAAGGCCUCUGGGUCACGUUGACGCCCACCAGCAUGGCAACUAGCCCAUUCUUCGACACCCUCCUAGUCCUUGUCAUUAGUCCGCUGCUGACAUUGACUGUUGUAUACGCUUUGUUAUUACUUCGAUCCCGAAUCCGGCGACGUCGCUGGCGCGCUCCGAAGUCUGUUGUUGAACGCCUUCCCGUUCGAACAUACCACACAAUUGCCAGCAUCUCGUCCUCUUCUAGUUCUAGCUCUCUACGGAACACUAGUCCUGGGCCUGUCACACCGGCCUCUCCACUUCUUGGCAGUGGAAAUCUACCAGGCGCGUCUCGACCAACGCGGCCACGCUCUCAGACUAUUGCCGGGAUGACCGUUGACUCACCAAUGACACCCAAGGAAGAGAAGUCAAACAGUUUACAGUCUGGCUCUGUCCUAUGGCGUCGUAAAUAUACUGGUAGACAGGUGGAAUGUGUUGUUUGCCUCGAGGAAUAUAUUGAUGGACAAAGUCGGGUGAUGAGUUUGCCCUGUGGGCAUGAAUUCCAUGUUGAAUGCAUUACUCCGUGGCUCACAACCCGACGACGAACAUGCCCGAUUUGCAAAGGAGAUGUUGUUCGUUCGUUAGCGCAUUCUUCCGGCGAUGACUCCCGUGAGCAAAACGAAGAAUCCACCGAGGGUCAUAUUCAGACGCCGAAUGUGCAUUCAGAAUCUUCGUCCGCUCCCCUUCUCAUUGCCAGCAUGAGUGACGAUGUGGACACCGAACAGCAUGCGGGUCUUGAUGGCCAUGCUAGCUCUGCACCACAAUCAAGCUGGAGGAAUCUCGCAACUCUCAGCUUUUCCGCUCUCAGUGGUGAUACCAUUUGGCACCAGGCUCGUGCGGACCGGAAUCGCUAA